AUGGCACCAAAACUGAAGAAGGAAGGCCCUGCCCCUCCCCAAACCAAAUUCAAAGCAAAGGCAUUGAAAGGCAUCCACAGUCACAAAAAAAAGAUCUGCACUUCACUCACAUUCCGGUGGCUCAAGAUGCUGCAUCGCAUAAGACAGCCGAAAUAUCCUGAGAAGAGUGCCCCCAGGAGAAACAAACUUGACCACUAUGCCAUCAUCAAGCACCCCCUGACCAAUGAGUCAGCCAUGAAGAAGAUUGAAAAUAACACACUUGUAUUCAUUGUGGAUGCCAAGGCCAACAAGCACCAGAUCAAAUAG